GCUAACAACACAGUGUGAAACCUCCUCUUGGGGUAGUCCACAUUCACAUAAAACCUUUGUCUUUAACAUGUCUGCUCCUCUGCUCCUCAGGGCUUUUGUAAACGAGAGACUGACGGCUGCAGCCGAGGAGAUAUUUCAGGUUUUUGCACAAACGAUAACAAAAUAUGAAGAAGAAGCUUCCAGCUGUAAGCAGGAGGCCGAGCGGCUCAGAGGUCUGCUGCACGAGUUAGUGUCCAACCACCAAACAGACAUUUCUCAGUUGUCCGCCUGUAAAGAGGAAACUGAGCAGCACCACUGUGAGCAAGAGCCGAGCCUCAGCGUCCAGCAGAGUGACUCAGAGCCUCGACCCAUCAAAGAGGAGGCUCAUGAACUCUGGGAAAGUGAGCAGCUAGAAGAAGAACAAGAGCUUAAGGACGCUGAUGUCUCGUGCCCACCUCAUUCAUCUGUCUGGGAGAAAAGCGAGCAGGAGGACACAAAACCGCCUUUGCAACCUCAGACUCAAACCAGUGAAUGUGAGGAAACAAAAACUGUACAUGUUGAUCUACCUCUCACUUCAACUCUGUCUUCACAAACUCAGAUCCAGAAUGAAAGGGUCCACAAUGGAAGUGAAAACGAAAGACAUGCUGCAAGUUUUAUGUCAAACCAAACACAGACAGACCAAAGUCAGAACUCCUGUAUCACAUCCAGAGAAUCCCCUGAUUUAACUCAUUUAAACUUAGCUGCACCGGACUAUCGUUGCUACUUGUGCGACAAAUCUUUUUCCUCCAAUCAUCACCUGACAAACCAUGCUUUUCGCAUGCAUUCAAAGGACGCAGAUGUCCUCUGUGCUGUGUGCGGUAAAACCCUGGAGUCCACCGAAAGCCUCAACGUGCACCUUAAUUCACACAAGGGCUCAAAAUGCUGUCACUUGUGUGGCAAACAGUGCAACAGCACCACAUCUCUGACCGAACACAUGGCCGGACACGCCGGGGUGAAGCUGCACCGCUGUCAUGUUUGUGGGAAAGAGUGCAGCCGGAAAGGAGACUUAAAGAUUCACAUGAGGAUUCACACGGGCGAGAAGCCUUUCUGUUGCUCGUUCUGUGAUAAAUGCUUCACCCACAGCGGACAUCUGAGGAAGCACAUGAGAAGCCACACAGGAGAGAGACCGCACCGGUGUGACGUCUGCGGCAGAGGGUUUCUACAGAGCACACACCUGAAAUACCAUUUAGGGACUCACGCUCAGAAAUACUGACUUUUUUUAAUCCACCUGGACCUGAGUUUAUCAAAAAGGUCUUUGCAGACUGUGAGCACUAAGAAUGCCUUACUUCUCCUUACAGCAAUGUGUAUAAUUUUUUUGGGGUGUUUACACAACAUGAACUUCUGGGCAGAAACAAUGCAAACGUGUAAUGACAUAUUAUGACCAAAUUCUCAGCCCACAUUCAAAGUCUAUUACCAAGAUUUUGAGUUUAAAAGAGAACUAAUUAUAGUGUAAAUUAGUCUUUUUGGCUGCUCGACCAUGAGAUUAGUGAGAUUAUCCAAAAAUGUAGGUAAUACUUGAUUUAAACACCCCUAUUUAGCAUAUAUAAGCAUUAUAUAUAUAUUUUUUUUCCUAGGUUUAUAAGACAUUCUGAUGUUUUUGUACAAAGCUAAAACAAAUUUUUUCUUUAGUAUUUGUCAAUAGUAGUAACUUUUCCUAUGAAGACACAUUUUAUUUAUUACAAUUUUGUUAUUUAUUUACACCAGCCUCUGCUUAUGAAUGCCCACAGAAGGCGUUAAAGUUGUUGAGAAAUCCAUUUGUUUCUGGUCUGAGAGGAAUAUGAUUAACCAGUAGGUGGCACUGCAGGAGGCUUUAUUUAUCCAUCACAACAGUUUUUCUUACUUGAGGUAAAACACAAAUGUAAAGGGGUUUUUCUCCGUUUGAGUGUGAAUUUUUAAUCCCUGAACUAAACUGUUAGAAAGUAAUUUUUCUAAGUUAUUGACAAAGUGCAACAUUGUGACUUUUGACACAUCUUGCAAAAACUGAGAGCCAAUUCAGUUCAAGGGCAGCCGAGUGAAGAUUGUAUCAAGUCAAGCUCUUAUCUCAUUAAAACUUCUCCUGCAAAGAUUUAUACCACAUUCUCACACACUUUUUGGACAAAGCUCUGAAUUCCCCAAGUAGCAGGUUCAAAUACUUUAUUUAAACAGCUAAUUACUUUUUUCUUUCCUUGAA